AUGGAAAGCUUCAUUACCACAACCAAUAAUGCCAUCCAACAACAAGGUAGCUCCAUCCAAAAGUUGCAAGCCCAGAGUAAGCUCAUGGAAAACCAAAAAAGUCAACUUUCACAACAAGUGAGUCGUUUAUCAACUCUUCAUGAUCAAGCGAAUGUCCAAAAAGAACAAUGCAAUGCAGUUUUCUUAAGAAGAGACGAACCAUCUCCGAGGCAAAUAGAUGAGAAAGUGCACAGUCUGGAGCCAAGAAAGGACGAAAAGGGUGAAGAUGUACAUAGUUCCAAAUAUGUUGCUCCAUCGGCCUAUGAGGAACCGAUGCCCUUCCCGCAAAGGUUGUCAAGGGUCGUGCUCGAUAGACAUUUUGGGAAAUACUGCAAAGUUCUUAAGAAGGUACAUGCCUUUACUCCUUUUUUCGAUCUUUUAAUUCAAAUGCCUCAAUUUGCAAAUUUUGUGAAGAAUAUUAAAGAUCAACAUGAGGAUAAGAAAGUAGUAAAUGAGAAAGGCCCUACUCUCUUAUAUGAUAGCUUACCACCUAAGCUGCAUGAUCCUGGUAGUUUCACUAUUCCCUGUACGAUAAACGAAAAAUUUUUCGACAAGGUUUUGUGCGAUUUAGGUGCUAGCGUUAAUUUAAUGCCUUAUUCAUUAUAUGAGAACUUAGGUUUGCAAAAACUUAAACCUUCCCAUAUUUCCCUUCAAAUGGUUGAUAGGACUUCUAGAAUCCCUAUGGGUGUGGUUGAAGAUGUAUUAGUCAAGGUUGGUGAACUUGUUUUUCCUGUUGAUUUUGUCGUCAUGGAUAUGCAAGAAGAUCAUUAG